UGUUUUUCUUCUCUUGGUUUGCAGAGCAGUGAGAGAUAAUAUACAAUCCGGCCUCCAGUCUCUAUACUUCCCGGUACCUUGAUCAGUUCAUCUUCAUCCUCAUCCUUAUCAGUGAGACUGAUAUUAGAGCAAUAUUGCUUUGUUGGGAGUUAUAUCCAGUAAAAAGAAGAUGAGUGAGGGGGAUAAUGACACGUGCCUGGAGUUGGCCCUCGAGGGAGAGAAGCUCUGUAAAUCCGGUAAAUGCCGUGACGGUGUGGCAUUCUUUGAGGCGGCACUACAGUCCGGUACAGAUGAUUUCCGUACACUCAGCGCCAUCUACAGUCAGCUAGGGAAUGCGUACUUUUACCUGGGAGAUUAUGUACGCGCAAUGCAGUACCAUAAACAUGAUCUCACGCUCGCCAGAACCAUGGGGGACAGAUUGGGCGAAGCUAAAGCAUCUGGGAACCUAGGAAACACGCUCAAAGUUAUCGGAAAAUUCGAGGAAGCAGUUAUUUGUUGCAGACGACACCUGGAGAUCUGCAGGGAACACAAGGAUAGAGUAGGAGAGGGUAGAGCUCUGUAUAAUUUAGGAAAUGUAUAUCAUGCUAAAGGAAAGCAUAUGGGUCGACUGGGACACCAGGAUCCAGGUGAAUUCCCUGAGGAGGUGAAAUCCUUGUUCGAGAAGGCGGUGGAGUACUACGAGGAGAACAUGGUGCUCAUGGUCGAGAUACAGGAUCGUGCUGCCCAAGGUAGAGCGUGUGGUAACCUAGGAAAUGUUCAUUAUCUUCUUGGAGACUUUGCCAGAGCAAUUCAUUAUCAUCAGGAAAGAUUGAAAAUAGCGCGGGAAUUUGAAGAUCGGAGUGCAGAGCGGCGCGCGCAUUCAAAUCUCGGGAACGCGAACAUAUUUCUUGGAGAGUUUGAGAAGGCAGCGGAACAUUAUAAACAAACUUUACUUUUAGCUCAGGAGUUAGGAGAUAGAGCAGUUGAAGCUCAAGCCUGUUAUUCCUUGGGGAACACUUACACCCUGCUCAAGGAAUAUCCUACAGCUAUUGAAUACCAUCUUCGACAUCUUAAGAUUGCUCAAGAACUUUUCGAUAAGGUAAUUUGUAGUAUUUAUUAAAAGGUUAAGAGCUGU